AUAGUUACUGAGGCGGGUGGCGCGCCCCGAUGACGUCAGAGCGCUUCUCUAGGGAGUGAUGUCUAAUGUUGAAGAUGGGGACAGGUAAAGACACCGAGCUGCAAACCCAGAGCGGGGGCGAAGAAGAGGGUGACGCGGGGGACCGAAUAUCGGCGAACCCAUGGAAUAUUAUGAUCAAACACCGGCAGGUGCAGCGGAGGGGGCGACGUUCUCAUGUGUCUGUCAGCUUCACAGACCCGGCAGUCUCGAUGGAUCUCCUGCGUGCUGUCCUUCAGCCCACCAUAAACGAGGAAAUUCAGAAUGUCUUCAACAAGUAUAUGAAGUUUUUUCAGAAAGCUGCUGUGAACGUGAGGGAGAAUAUCGGAGAGCAGGUAGACCCAGAGCAACUCAUCCGCGAAACAUGUCGCAGCUGCCUGGAACAGGCCAAGGUUCUGUUUGCAGAAAAUGAGAAGUCUGUGUCCAGGUCGGCCAUAGAGGUGCCUGUUAUGAAGAGGUCAAGGCAUACAGAGGAAGAUGUGUCAACACGGUGGAGCCCGGUUCCUAAAAAGAGGAAGGGACGACCCCCCGGACAGUCUUUGAGCAAUGAACGAGCUUCUGUAGGACACUCAACAUUGAAACUCAAAGCUAAUGAACCCGUUAGACGUGAAGGGCCAAAGUGGGAUCCGGACAGAUUGAGCGACAGGAGCACGUUUGUGUUGGGAUCACGAGCUAACAAGGCUCUGGGAAUGGGAGGCACUAGAGGCCGGAUUUACAUCAAACAUCCCGAUGUGUUUAAGUAUGCUGCUGAUCCCCAAGACAAGCAAUGGCUUACAGAACAGCAGCACAUGAAAGCCACAGGUGGAAAGAUGGCUUAUCUGCUUCUGGAGCAAGAUAUCUUGGAGCUGGCAGCCAGUGAGGACUACAGAGAGUCUAUGGAACUGAAACUGGAUGAACUAAAGCCAUUUACUGUACCACAAUGGAUGAUUGGAAAGAUGAGACGGUGUAUGGAGUUGCAGAGGACAGAACAGGACUAGGGACAUC